AUGAAUAUUUAUAAACUUGAAAAUGAUAAUCCAGUGCUAUAUAAUUCAAACGAUAAUGAAAGUAAAGAAACAAUAAAUGAAUCAAUAAUAAAAGAAAAUUUGUAUAAUACAACUGAUUUAUGUGAUUUAUAUUAUGAAGAAGAUAAAAUAAAUGAAGAUGAAAUUUUUGAUUUGCUGCGUGAUAUAAAAGACCCUGAAUAUUCAUAUACAUUGGAAAAUUUAAAAAUAAUUGAGAAAAAAAAUAUCCAUAUAAAUCAUGAAGAAAAAAAUAUUACUAUUUAUUUUACACCAACAAUACCUAACUGCUCUUUAGCUACACUUAUUGGUUUAAUGAUUAGCAUCAAAUUACAAUUUUCUUUAUCAAAUAAUUUCAAAACAAAUAUUUAUAUAUAUCCAGGAUCCCAUAAUUCAGAACAUUCAAUAAAUAAACAGUUAAAUGACAAAGAAAGAAUAGCAGCUGCGAUUGAAAAUUCUCACUUAUUUAAUGUUAUAAAAAAUAGUAUUACUUAUAAUUACCCAGUUAUUAAUUUUUGA